AUGCAGCAGGAACGCCCCCUUCGCCCCCUGUUAUCGACCACUACGGUGAGAGGGGUGACGCCACCACAGUCUCGGCGUCGAGACCGCGUUGCCUCUGCAUGUGAGGCGUGUAGAACCAGGAAGACAAAGUGUAACGGCGCACGGCCGACUUGUUGGGAAUGUCAGAAACGAUCCACCCAUUGUCACUACAUUGCCUAUUUCACUGAGACACAAGGUCAAGCAGUGAAACGCAGACAUGAUGCUCUCCAAGCACGAAAUGAGGCAUACGCUGAACUGUUUGGCCUCAUCCAGACACGUCCAGACGGUGAGUCGCUCGAGAUACUGCGGCGUAUCAAAAUGGGCGCAGAUGUUGAGAGCGUUCUCCGUCAUGUCAGGGACGGAGACUUGCUCGUGCAAUUACGCGUACACCCAGAGACCAGGUUGCGAUACACUCUUCCGUACAUGGACUCGAUGCCUGCCUUCUUGUUGGUUCCUGACAAUCCCUACCUUGCCACACCAUUGUAUGAAGCAACCUUUAAGCCACCGAGCUUCCUGCCUGACAAUGUGACCUUGAACAGAUCGAAGAUGGGCGAAUGCGUGGAUUCCUACAUGAUGCCCAGUCACGCUGCUGAAGUAGUGGAACCUAUACUUGAUCGAACACACGCAAGACAGUGGACCAAUGUCAUUUCCGAUAACGGCCUCUUUCGUCGCCUGGUCACCAUUUACCUUUCACGUCACCAUGUCGCCUUUUUCUGGUUUAACAAGGAUCUUUUCCUUGAAGAUAUGGCCGCACGACGCACGCAGUUUUGCUCGUCUCUUCUGGUCAAUGCCGUGCUUGCUGCUGCUUGUCAAGCGUACAAAGAUAUACCUGACUUAGCCAAAAUCUCGAUGACCGACAACCUUCAAAACCGAUUUCUCCUCGAAGCUAAGCGCUUAUGGGAAUUAGAAAUGGGCAUUAGUCGUCUCACUUCUAUUCACGCUGCGCAAGUGAUACACGCUAUCUUGAAUGUUAACGGUCUAAGUACUGUAGGAGACUUCUAUAUCUCACAAGCUGUCGUCAUGGCGCACAACCUGCGGAUAUUUGAACCAGUGUCUGUCCAAUCGGAUGACAGACUUCGAAAAGGACGAGAAUUUACUGCAUGGGCGCUCUGGCUGUGGCAAGUCGCUGUGAGCUACUAUUAUCGACGCCCACCCUUCAUAAGAAAUCCACCGGCGUUUGCAGCCCCAGAUCCAGACGUUGAUCUAGAGUGGUAUGGUGACAUUUACGUCAGAUACCCUUUAAGCCCGACCGUUACACGCAUGUACCUUGGGCAUGUGAUCAAAGCUACAAUUGAUUUGAGACUCAUCGUGAACGACAUAUCAUUGCUGCAAUUUGUCCACAACGAAGAAAAGGAACUAUCUCCUCAACAAGUACUCGACUUCAAGGCGAGACUGGAUGGACUGAUGAAGCAACUCCCUGUCACUCUUGCUCCACGCAGAAUCUCGCUUCCUUGUCAUCUCAAUGUCCACACUGAGUUUUAUAUUUUCAUGCAUAGUCUCUUCCAAGGGCAGGUCACAACACAAAAAACUAGCUUGGCAUCACCACACUUAUUUGACGGAAGAACGGCGAUUCAGAUACAAGACGAAGCCUAUGUUCGCUUCGAGACCAUCGUGCGUCUCCGAUAUCUACGACACAGCUUCAAGGCUUACGAUGCUUGGGGUAUAUUUUUCCUUGUCUAUCUCGGCAAUCUUGCACUCCACGCACUUAUUGAGGAAGAUUCAAAUCUAACGAACAGAUUGACAACCACAGACGUCAUACGUUCCACCGCUUUGCUUUGCAUCAAUGGACUGAUUGACCAGUCACAGUGCGUCUACUCGGGUACACUGUUGUCCUAUAGCAUGAUCGAGCGGCUCAGUCCUGUUGAAAAAACUUUGCUUGGUCGUCACAUAUCUCCCAGUAUUGGACAGGUCGAUAAGCCUUUCGAUAGCCAAUGGCCUAUGCCCAACAUCAAGGUUGAGCGUAACGAGGAGGCAUCCAUGAACCAUAUUUUGAAGAGUGUGCGCAAGUAUCGAUCGAGCACAGAGAAAGCCGAGCAGGAGAUCGUGCCGUCAGCCGGAGAGUCGCGCCCUUGA